GGCUACGGCUGUGCAGGGAGACGGUGAGAUGGGGGAGCUGCACAAACAUCCAGUUGCAGAUCACACACCGGGACUAGAUGCAAGAAGGAACACCGGGAUAUGAUCAGGGAAAACUGAGGAAGGAGACAAAAUUUGGAAUUUUUUUAGCACGCAGGAUUUAAAGAGAGGUGAGAAGAGCGGAGAAGAGAAGGAAAAGGGACAAGGGUGCAAUAAAGGAGUGGAGAAAAAGGUCCAACACCGAAGCAGCAGAGUUGCUGACCUCCACCCGUCGAGUCGCCAUGACUGUCCAGCUGCAGGAGCUCCUUGUCUUCUGUCUGACCGUCACACAGGGUCGCUGUAUGUUCCCUAGCAACCAUUGGGGUGAAUGGAACGACUCCCAGCUUCAGCCCACAAUUCAGAGACUCAUGAAGGGAUACAAUCGCUAUCUUAGGCCCAAUUUCAAUGAAGGCCCAGUGGAAAUCGGAAUGAGUCUUGAUAUUGCCAGCAUCGAUGCCAUCUCUGAAAUCAACAUGGACUACACUGCAACCAUCUUCCUCCGUCAACGCUGGCGCGAUUCCAGGUUGGUGUUUCCUGGAAAUGAGAGUGUGAGCGUGGACGGGCGCCUGGUGUCCCUGCUGUGGAUCCCUGAUACCUUCAUCCCAGACUCCAAACGUUCCUUCCUCCACGACGUCACUGUGGAGAACCGCCUCAUUCGUAUCUUCAGCAAUGGGACUGUCCUCUACGCCCUUCGCAUCACUGCUACAAUUGCCUGCAACAUGGACCUGACUAAAUACCCAAUGGAUAAACAGGUGUGCACCCUGCAGCUGGAGAGCUGGGGCUAUAACAUCCAGGAUGUGGUGUUCUACUGGACAAGAGGGAAUGAUUCAGUGAAGGGAUUGGACACUCUGCGGCUGGCUCAGUACAGUGUGGAGAGCUUUUACACAUCAGUGUCAGAAGCUGUGUAUGAAACAGGACGUUACCCCAAGCUGGUGCUGCAUUUCUCCCUGCGCAGGAACGUCUUGUUCUUUAUCUUGGAGACAUAUGUUCCUUCCACCCUGCUCGUGGUUCUCUCCUGGGUCUCUUUCUGGAUCAGCCAGUCCUCAGUUCCAGCACGGACUUGCAUAGGAGUGACGACCGUCUUGACGAUGACCACCCUUAUGAUGGGUGCUCGGACAUCCCUCCCCAAUGCCAACUGCUUUAUAAAGGCCAUAGAUGUUUACCUGGGCAUCUGCUUCACCUUCAUAUUUGGGGCACUGCUGGAGUACGCCUGCGCUCACUUUUACACCAUGCAGCACCAAACCCUAGAGGAUUUACACAGGGAGCUUCUGAGGGAGCUGUGUGACUCGAAUGGAAACGGCUCCAUCCCGAUCGUCAGCUCUAGCCAACCAAGCCAGCCGGUGGAGGCCGGCUCCACGGCGGAGGAGCCUGUGAACAGUGACAUUAAGGACCACGCUGCAUCAAAGGAGAAAGUGCCGAGUCAGGGCUGUGGUUUAUCAUCUGUGAAAGAUGCUUCCCGCAGAGCAGCAUCUGUCUUCAUUGUGGAAAAUCCACACAACAUCGACCGCCACGCCCGCACUCUCUUCCCCACAGCUUUUCUCUGUGUCAACAUCCUCUACUGGCUUUAUUACCUUUUUCUCUGAGCUCUCUGAAUCCAGGCUGUGGGAUCGUGUGUAAUAGUUCAUUCCAUUACUCCUGAAGCUUUUCUACCUCCUCAUUUUAGCUUCAAUGCCAGUCGACACUGGCUGGAUCUGACCCUUCUUUUUGUAAAAACACAGAGCUUAGGGCUACAAAUCGAUGGGAAAAAGUUCACCAGGACGGUUUUCCCAAUAAAAAGUGUUAUUGAUCAUGAAUGAAUAGAAGGCUGAUAACAUAUUAGCAUGUGGUCAUGAAGCUUUUAAUAGCUACCAAGCAUUAAACCCACUGAAAAGAGUUCUUGAUAGGCUGCCUGAUCACAACCUAUGUGCUGCAUUGAAAUGCCUUUAUUAAGUGACUCAUAUAGAUGUGCUUUUUUCUUGCUGACUGUGAAAUACUGUUUGUAUGAGAUAAUGUGCAAUUAAAUUACUAUAGAAUCAGACAAGAACGUGUUUGCGUGC